CUCGCCAAACCGACGCCAGCUCCUCUAGGCUCCGGUUCGUCAUGGCUGCCGCCUUUGCCCUUCGGGGCUUGUACCGGGCGCGUCCCGCCCUGCGCUGUCCGCCCACCGAGCUGCUGUGGGCCCCACGGUGUGGGUAUCGGCUCACGCCAACGGACGACGAGCUGUACCAGCGGACGCGCAUCUCACUGCUGCAACGCGAGUCACCGCACACCAUGUGCAUCGACAGCUACAGCAGCCGCGGCUUCACCGUUAACGGAGACCGCGUGCUCGGGCCCUGCGCGCUGCUCCCGCACUCCGUGGUGCAGUGGAACGUAGGAUCCCACCAGGACAUCACUGAAGAGAGUUUCUCCCUCUUCUGGAUGUUGGAGCCCCGGAUAGAAAUUGUUGUGGUGGGCACAGGAGACCGAAUGGAGCGGCUGCAGCCUGAGGUGCUUCAAGCCGUAAGACAACGGGGCAUCGCUGUGGAAGUGCAGGACACGCCCAAUGCCUGUGCCACCUUCAACUUCCUGUGUCAUGAAGGCCGUGUGGCAGGAGCUGCUCUCAUCCCACCACCUGGACAGACUGCACUCACACCAUCUCUGGCCCAGGCUGCAGAAUGAACCAGUAGGAACUGACCUGUCAUCCAGGAAGGCCCUAGCCCUUUCCAUGGGGUACAAGCUCCCAAUAUUUUCACACUUGUUGGCCAGACUAUUAAUAACCAUUUCUCCUGUUUUGUA